AUGGCAGACACGUAUUUGUCUAAGAAGACAUUUUGUGGAUGUUCUUGUGGCUGUACAUGUUCACUUCCAAGCUGUUAUAUUUACACACUGCCUUUCGAGGAUUUACUUAGAAGUGCCCUUGUCCCAUCUGUGAUAGAUGUUCGUAACAGGAUAAUUAAGAAGAGGAUCCAUGUUCGUAUAGAACACGUCCAGCCCUCCAGGUGCAAUGAAGAUUUUAAAUUGAGAAAGAAGAUGAACGACCAACUCAAGGCAGAGGCCAAGGCCAGAGGUGAGGUCAUCAGCACAAAGAGGCAGCCAGAGGGACCUAAACCCGGUUUCAUGGUGGAAGGUGCAACCAUUGAAACAGUUACACCCAUACCCUAUGAUGUCGUCAAUGACUUGAAGGGAGGAUUUGAUGAGAAAGAUAAGAUAGUCAAUAAAAGGAAAUGGUUUUUCCACAAAAUGCAGCUAUGCAUAAGUGUUCACCAUUUUGCUGGGCUAGGCUGGGUAUCUUUUAGAGAUAGUAUUUACGAUGAAUAUGAUGAAUUAGCAAGCAUGCGAGGUUGA